AUGUCUCUUCAAGACAAAGUCAUCCUCAUCACCGGCGCCUCCAGCGGCAUCGGCAAAGCCUGCGCCCAGCGCCUCUACCAAGAAGGCGCCCGCAUCGUCAUCAACUACCGAAACGACGCCUCAUCCGCCAACGCCCUCGUCGACUCCUUUGGCGCAGACCGUGCCAUUGCUGUGCAGGCCGAUGCCGCCAAUAUCGACGACAUCGACCGCCUCGUCCAGGCCGCCGUCGACAAGUUUGGCCGCAUCGACACCGUCGUGGCGAAUGCAGGCCUGAUGCUGAUGCGAGACGUCGAGGACACCACCGAGGACGACUUUGCUAAGAGCUUCGAUCUCAACGUCAAGGGCCCGUACUUUUUGGCUCAAAAGGCGGUUCCUCACAUGCCGCCCGGCUCGCACAUCAUUUUCAUCUCUACAGGUGUUUGCCAUCAUUCAUCAGUAUCGCCCAAAUAUCUCCUCUACGCAGCGACAAAGGGAGCCAUUGAGCAGAUGACUCGAGUGAUGGCCAAGGGCCUGGCUGCAAAGGGCAUCAUCGUCAAUGCCGUGGCUCCUGGCCCAACUGCCACGGAGCUGUUCUACAAGGGCAAGCCUGAGGGCCUGGUCAACACGAUCAAGGCGUGGAGCCCCUUUAACAGGCUUGGCGAACCGGAGGAUAUCGCCAACACGGUCAAGUUCCUGGCCAGCGGAGACAGUUCAUGGGUUGUGGGCCAGACGGUGCUGGUGAACGGGGGUAUCAUGGUGUAG